UAACGAGCGAGGGCCUAUAGCAACAAAGUUCGUUACUGAUAGCUCGCAGGAGAGAGAAAGCUAGAGAGAGAAAGAGAGAUGGGGACGAGAGAUCAUGAUGAGAGAGAUCAUGAACGUCUAAUUCCAGUUGGAGGAGUGGGAAUCAUUGAUAAUGGUAGCCCUAAAUCACCGUCGCCGUCGGCAUUCCCUGUUCCUUCUUCUUCCCAUCACUCCGGCAAAGAGGCAUUUUACAAAGUAAUUCGUAGCUGGGCUUCAAAAAAGUUUAUGUCGGGAUGUGUCAUUACACUUCCCAUAGCAAUCACGUUCUACACCACUUGGUGGUUCAUUCAUUUUGUUGAUGGGUUCUUUUCCCCAAUAUAUAGUCAUGUGGGGAUCAAUAUCUUCGGUCUCGGCUUUCUGACCUCCAUCACUUUCAUCUUCUUGGUUGGUGUGUUCAUGUCCUCGUGGUUGGGAGCUUCUGUUCUCAGUUUGGGGGAAUGGUUUAUCAAGAAGAUGCCGUUGAUGAGCUACAUUUACUCCGCUUCAAAACAAAUUAGUGCAGCCAUAUCACCAGAUCAGAGUUCUCACGCUUUCAAGGAAGUGGCCAUCAUAAGGCAUCCGCGUGUUGGGGAAUAUGCAUUCGGUUUCAUCACAUCUACUGUCAUUCUCCGCAAGAGCUCAGGUGCAGAAGAACUCUGCUGCGUCUAUGUGCCCUCCAACCAUCUUUAUAUUGGCGACGUUUUCCUCAUCAGUUCGAAGGACAUUAUGAGGCCUAAUCUCUCUGUUCGAGAAGGAUUGGAGAUUGUCAUCUCUGGGGGCUUGUCAAUACCACAGAUAUUGACUACAACGGAAGCACAAACCAUAAUUUCGCCAAGAGUUGGGAAAUAUGCAAUCCCAAAAGUUUAGUGAUGGUCUCUUGAUGGUGAAACUGUUUGCUUUUAUGUUUUUGAGAUAAUAUGGUAUAUAUGUUUGAGGUUUUCUGUACUGAGACCUGCAUAAAUUAUUAAUUUUUCCCCCAUUUUUCAAAGGAAAAGAAAAAGAAAAAGAAAAAAGAGAGAAAAUUUUGGUGAAAAGGCCUAAAUUAGAAGUACCUGUUGCACCCAAUAUAAUGGUUAUGAAGAUAAAGUAUAUGCUGUGAUGCA